UUUGGUUCUUUUGAACGAAUCGUUCGCGAACGACACAACACUAGAUGGAAUAUUGCUAUCGCGCAUUAAAAAGAGAUGUUAGCGCGUGCUACCUGUCGGCCGUCAGUGACUAGCACAUCGUCUGGCUAGCUACUGCACCGAGGUUCGUAAUGUCGUUUCCAUUUUGAGAAACCCCUUUCUUUACCUCCACGGCUAUAAUAAGUGAGACUAGAGUUCAGUGGCUAAGACAAAUCGAGCAGAGGCUAGCUUGGCCGCCAGCUCGACCAUUUCGCCUGCGCUAACUAUUGUUUAAACACAGUUAGCCAGCGGUUGUGGAGUCGUAAUCGAUAACUGUCUUGGUAUUGAUUUCGAAUUUGCUUUUGAUAUGUGUUUUUCGAUAUCACAGUAAACCGACAAUGCUAUAGGUACAGUGUGUGAUGUAUGAAGAGCUAACUGGUACAUAUUUAGCGUUGUAAAUCUUGAAUAUGGGCUAAUGUUGAUGCCAACUUUGUUAUAUCAGCAUUAACCUGGUUGUUUUGAUUAUAUCUGAUGGAUCAGUUCAUUGAUCACAUUUGAAUGUGUGUAAGGUCAGCUAGUCUCUGUGAUUAGCAUUACACAUUGUACAUAAAGCUUAUUUAUGAUCAUAAACAGAAAUGUUUGAUGUAUCAUGUUGUAUUGGAUUGCAUUAGAUUGGGAAUCAUCAUGUUUUGGCUAAUUGAUGUACUUCAACAAAUAAAUCAGGUUGAUGGUUUGAACAAUUGCUGUUUACACCUGGUUGGGAAGUUCUACAACCUGACUAUACAUAUUUGUGUGCAUUAAAAAGACCUAUUUAUAACAUGAGAGGAAUGAGGCUACAAAAAUAUUAAAUUGCUGUAGGGGAGCUGCUCAAAAUUCUGCCCCCCAUGAAUCGAUAUCAGGUUGCGCCCCACUACUGCAGCUCAAGCCAGCUUGGCACAAAAUCCCACAACAACUGAUUUCAAUUCAGCACAUGUCUCCGAAGGUAUAAAUAAGUUUACAUACUACUCCUUUUGCAAAUACACAGAGUGUUUUGAACUCUUGUGAACUUCUCUUCAACUUCAACUCCCCUGAAAUAUGUGGAAGAAAAUCUGUACAGAGAAAAAGAAUCACUUUCCCUCAGUUCUCCGUUAACUUUUUUUAGCUGGCCACAAUCAGAUACACCCUGUUCACUCAUGCAGGAUGGACUGUACCUUUAUGUGUGUUUUGUAGGGGUGAGACGGGUGACGGAGAAACUUCUUUUUGAUCAGCUAAUUAUUAGAAUUUUUAAAAAUAGUCAAUGAAGAGCAAAUUGUUCCCCUUCUGCAGCUCUAGUACAUUCUUGUCUUUGAGUUGAGCGAUGUCAGCAGAAAUGGUGAGCCCCAUCAGGCUUCACUUUCGACUAAUACAGUUUUAUUGAUUUGAGGGAUGCAGAUAAACUCAACAUGGCUCCAUUGUUCCAGAAGUUAAAUGCUUACAGACACUGCUUCAAAUUAACCAGACAAACUAGUCUGUUUUGCUUUUUUUUGAGUUCCUCAGGGCUGUUUUGCAGCAUUUUAGCACAUCUCUGUUUCUGUGGUUUCCAUCAGUUUCAUGGCUAAAUUUAGAUCUAGAAGGUUAGUUUAGGUGCUGAUUUAUUUCCUCUUUCCAAGGAUCAAGAAAAUAGUUCUCUUGGUCAUCAUGAUAGUUCCCAGGAGAUGCUGAAAUAGUUCAAAGCAUCUGCAGCUGAUUUUUGUGGAGUCUGUUUGUAUACUGCAUGCAUUUUUGCUGCAACUGUGUUUACACUGCGGCCCUAACCUGAUCAGUCUUUAACAAUUCUCUCUAACUCAACACGGCCUUUGCUGGUUUCCUAUGAAUAUCAUUAUUACCCACAUUUUUGUGGCCUCAUGUUCAAAAAUUCAAAGUGAAAUGUUCAAAACAACAGGCCACUGUCUGUUAGACCUUACAUUUCUGCCCCACACUCACUCUGCCUGUUUUGUUCAGGCUCUGUGGUAUCAGCAGUUUGUGACAUUUCAGUGUCUGUAAGCUGUCACAGUGAUAUCCAGGCAGACUGUAGGAGUGGAGUUGAAAAUGUACAUCGAGGAAGCAGUACAGUGCUGUGGGUGGAUUUGCAUAGCUGGUACAUGUCCCUAUAGACCUCUCUCUCUGUCUCUCUCUCUAACUCCCCUCCCAUCCCUCGCUCCCCACCCCUUUCUUCUGCCAACCACCCUCACUGUCUGUUCGUCUCUCCACAUUGUUUUCCAACACUCUGCUAAAUUUGCUGUAGUCUGUAGAUGCACACCGAGGGCGAAAAACAGCAACAUAAGUGCAGCUUUUUUGAGAAGAGGAAGUCUUUUUUUUUUCAUGCCAAUAUUUUUCUUUUACUUCCUCUACAUUUUAGGUCAUCUGAACUUUGAUCACGAUGGGGGUGAAAGACCGCCCUCAGUGCUACUUUGAUGUGGAGCUCAACCGGGAGCCAGGUAAGAGAAUUUCAAAUUAGUUUACAGGUAAACAGACUCGGUUCAUUUUCAUAUCCUUCUGCUUUGAACUAAUACCAUGAAAAAUGUCGACCAAACUGCAUGUAUGAAGGUUGUUUAUAGCAUGAGAUUCUUCUGGAGGGUUUUUUAUUUAAUUUGCUUGUGCAAGAUGAAAGUGGAGCACUGAGUGAUACUUAAAGCAGUGUGCCUGCACUACUUUUGACUAGCAUCAAGUAUUGUGUACUUUCAGAGCAGCAGCUGAGUCAACUGACGUUAAUGUAAAGACAGUGAGAAGACAGUAGGACCAGUUUAGCAGCCUCAAGCUUAAAAAAAGUGCUUAAUUCAUAUUUAUGUAAGGAAGUGCAAAUAAUCCUUCAUUAUGCUCUUAAGAGUGCUUCCAGCUUUGCCCCUGGCUAUGGAAAAGUUUCUGUAAUGUCGGAGCGUCAACACAAGGUCCUCCUAAUUGUUGGAAACCUAUUAAAAUGUGCAGAAGCCUGCAGUGCCUAUUAAAGUUAGAACCCAUUGUCAAUUGUUUUGAAUAACAGCAAAGUUUUAUGACAAUACCUGUUGUAACCUCCUCAUUUUUAAAAGCAGCAGACUAAAGCAAACUUAUGUUGUGUUUUUUUUUUUCUAGUUGGGCGCAUAGUCUUCCAGCUUUUUUCAGAUAUUUGUCCCAAGACAAGCAAGAACUUUCUUUCUUUGUGUACUGGUGAGUAACACGUUAAACUCUCUAUCAUGCUUUUGCAGUAUUUACUUAAUCGUAUAUUUAACUAAUUGUCAUGUUGCUUGACUAUAUACCUAUAUUAAAAACAAAACAAAAAUAUUAGUUCUAAGAUUUUGUCCAUGAUGAAAAGCAGAGGCAUCAUUUUACUGGUUCUGCGUUGAUUUACUAGUGGUUCAGGUGUCUAGGUUGCAUACCAAAAUAACUUUAUGGGAUUGAGUCAAGCUGGGUUUGUGUUUCAUUGAACCGCAAAUUUUUCUCUUCUAUCACAAAAUCACAAUCGGUGAUUCAGUAAAGGAGAUUUCAAAUCAGAGCUUUAGUGUCAUCCUCUACCCUCUACUUUGGUCAGUGGGUAUGCUGGAAAAAAAGAGCAUGUGUAAAUUGUCUGAUGACAGAUGGAGUCACUGGUUAGUUAGAGGGGGUCCUGGUCUCUCACUCUGGAUAUUUCAUCCCACUGAGCAGGACACAGUGUACUGUAGUUAUGUUGGUUUGACUAAAGAUAGCCAUAAAUCUGUGAGCAGAUUGCUGGUCAUUCCUCCCUCUCAUUUUUCAGCCCUCCAUAGUUUGUUAGUGUGCUCCUUCCUGCACACACAGACACAACAUAACACUGUGAUAUACUGAAUACACGAUACUCCGUCUCACUGGGCAGUUUGCUGUGGCUUCCUUAAAGUCACUAAUGUGUCCUUUAAGUGAGGAUCAGUCCUCAUGGUUAGAAACCAAAACCCUGGAACAAUGCUGAAGCAAGUGAAUCAGAACACUAUAAGAUUAGCAACCUGAGCUGGCUAUAAGAACAAGCAGCCUUUUGUCAUCUCAAAACACACUGAAACACAUCAACAUGUAUGCAUGUAGUGAAAUCGUCAGGGCUCUUCUUUCUCCCAGGUAAGAAAAUCCAGGAGUGAAAAGCGUGGGAGCAGUGGUCUGCCUGCUGUCUGCAUCACUCCUCAGACAAAAGUAUCGAGUUAACUGAAACCCCCCUCCCCAUCUUUCUCCAUCAUACUACUUUUCCUGUGUUUAUAAGACAUCCCAUGUGGCUGCAUUCAAGGCUCAUGUUUCUUUACACCUUCAGGCAUCUGGUACAUACCUAGGCUCUUCACUCAGCGGCUGGUUUAUUAAAUGUGUUGCAUGAAAAGAAUCUCAGACGACAUUUAUAUGAUUGCAGGUGAAAAGGGAACCGGCAAAAUCACAGGGAAAAAGCUGUGCUACAAAGGCUCCACAUUUCACAGAGUUGUAAAGAACUUUAUGAUCCAGGGAGGCGAUUUCACUGAAGGUAAUGAUAUCCAUCAUGACGUGUGUUUGUGAAGUUGACUGAAUUACAUAAACAAGGUCAAGUCAUAUUUUGAUAAAGGUGGUGUUCCAGUUUCCUACAGAGCACCCAAGGUCCUGUAAAGUUAUCGUUUUAUCAUGUGCUUUAGUCGUGGUAUUGUCCACACAAGAUAAUGAGGUUCUGCACACAAAUGAUUAUCUUAUAUUCAUUAUCCCUGCAACAGGAAUAAUGAACCCACUAGCCAUCAAUGGCCAUCAUUCGUGCAAUAGUCUGUUUGUAAAAUACUCUUUGCAAUGCCGUAAUGACUGAAUUUCCCAAAUGGGAUAAAUAAAGUAUUAACUUUAUGUUGCACAAGUUGGUAAAAAGAUCAUUUUCUUGUAUGUGUAACAUAAUUUAGUUUUGUGUACUAAUUAUUUCGUGCACAUAAAUCAUAAUUAGUGCAAAAGCAGCAGUGUGAAUUGUUCCACUAGCCAUCAAUGGUUCAAAGUAGGGCUGCACGAUAUGGCCAAAAAACUAUAUCUCGAUAUUUUUAGGCUGUAUCGCGAUACACGAUAAAUAUCCCGAUAUUCUGACAUCUCCUCUAAAUCACUCUAUAAAUAUUAAAUUCAACCCUUUGAUGCAUAAAAUAACACCAGUGUAAUGACUUCAGCAGACUUUUGUGUUGGAUUAGAAUUUGCAUGCAAAAAGGGAAAAUCACAAUCAAGUUAAGUUCAGUGAACCUUUAGUUUUACUACCUGAUUUAAAAAAAAAAAAACAUAAGUUAUACUAUAUCUGCGGAAAAAUCAUUAAACUACUCUCAGUUUUAAACUUAAUGAAAAAUAGUAUAUUUUCACUUAAUUUUAACUGUGUUAAAAAUAUCAUGAAACACUUUUUAACUGUAUGAAAAAUUUCAUGACACACUCAGUUUUUACUACAUAAAAAUGUAAACAUGAUUGAUUAUUCUGUAACUGCUGAAAAGUUAAAAAUACUCUCACGAUUUUAAACUUCAUGAAAAAAUGAUGAAAUAAUUCACUUAGUUUUUUAAUUCAUGAAAAAUCAUGAAAUAUUCCUACAUAGUUUUUAAUACAUGAAAAAAAAGAUGCUUGGUUAUACUGUAACUCAAGAAUUCAUUUAAAAUGUUUAAAUGUUUUUGAAAAAUUUGUGAAAAAUUACAAUUUAGGUUUUAAUUGCAUUAAAAAAUAAUGAAAUACACAGAUUUUACUUCAUUAAAAAAUAAUUAAAAACAUGUUAACAUCUCAAAAAUUAUGAAGAAUGCUCAGUAUAAAACUCAAAAUAACAAACACUAUCACACAGCUUGUAAUUACAUGUGACAUAUGAAUGUUGUGUCAGUUUGUUAUAUUUACAAUUAUUGAUAAUAACAGUGAUUGCUAUUUUCCCAUUAGAGGAAGGCAAGCCUUCACAAAUACUCACCAAUUGCAAGGUGCAGCCUAUGGCCAAAACAUUGCAGUCUUGUCCACUCAUUCAGGCUCACAGCUUUGACUAUAUUAGCCCCAUUGUCCGUGGUGAUGCACACCUGAUGAGCUUCUGACAAGUUCCAUGACAGGAGAGCAUCUUGCAGACCCUGUGCAAUGAUCUCUCCUGUGUGAUCAUCAGGAAAAAAGCUCGUUUGCAGGCACGAACUUUUCAGUUCCCAGUUGUCAAUGUAGUGUACUGUUAAGCUGAGAUAUGGCUCACAAGUUCUGCUGGACCAGAGAUCCGUCGUUGUGGAGAAGUGGGUCGCAUUUGUCAGCUGGUGGGCCACCUUUUCUCGAACUAAGAUGUACAUGUCUGGCAGCGCUUUUUCUGCGAAAAAAUUGCGACCAGGUAACUCAUACUUUGGAUCAAGUGUCUUAAUAAGAUUUUUGAAUCCUGGCUUUUCCACCACACUGACCGGAGCCAUGUCUUUGGCGAUGUGCUUUGUCACUGCGGCCGUGAUGUCUCUCCACCUCUGACUUUUUCUGUCAUACGGGACUGAAUUGGCAAACGAAGAGGACAGCGUCAUUUGCUUCGGUGACGGUUUAUGUGGUGUAGGAGGAGACGUGGACAUGCGGAGUCUGAUGCAUUCUUCGUUUUGUAGUGGAUGGCAUUUCAGGUGGUGAAAUAAGUUUGUGGUACUGCUACCUUUGGUGGCUACGGUUUUGCGGCAAACUUUGCAGAUAACCGCAUUUUGCUCCACGUCUUCCUGGCGAAACCCGAACCACUGCCAGAUGAUUGAGCCAGUGCUGUGCUUUUUCGGCACCAAGUCGUCAUUCUCCAUCCCUCCCUCCUCUUGGUCACUCGAAAACUUGCCUCAGGUCUCAACUUUUUUCGUUCUCCCCGUGCUCGUCUCCCUCCUUUCCUUAAACAACAACACGCAUGCGCGCAGGAGAGUUUCCCGGAUGGGAGGGGGGGAGUGCUGCUUACAAUGGGAAGAGCGGCAGGAGAGUGAGAGGAUCGAAACUCCAAAGAUAGGGACAUACUGACGCCUUAAAACAUAAAGCCUAUGUGUCAAUUUGUACUCGAUGGUCGCGAUGUGGUCAUUUUAUACAUCUCACGUGGAAAAACCCGGGAUAUAUCGAGUAUAUUCGAUAUAUCCCCCACCACUAGUUCAAAGGUUCAAAGGUUUCUUUAUUUAUACCUUGCGGUAAAUUUUGUUUGCAGGCAGGAACCCAGCCGUCCAGAUAAGACACACAUAAAAACAACAAUACAACAAUCAAGUACAAAAAAUGCCAAUCGUUAAGAGCCAUGAAAUCACAUAAAAUCUCUCCAGAUCCGAAGGUUCAAUAAGACUCCCUCAUCUAUUAGCCCUGCCAAUGGCACACAAUGUAAUAGCUUGUGCAAACAAAGAAAAAAACAGCUGUGAACACAACACUGUUUUCUCGUAAACAAACUGUCAUCGUCUUUGUGUGCUUUAGCGGCAGAUAUCUAAGAGGUUAUGCUGUCUCUGAAUGUGGCAAUCUUAAAUAACCACUUGAUUUUUUUUUUGUCCAAAAUGCUAAUGUCUUAAAUGUUGUUAAAAAAGUGACCAAAUGUUCAGUGUUUUUUUAUGUAAAAAGGAUGUGUUUUACAUUAUCUGUGCAGGAAAUGGAAGGGGAGGAGAGUCCAUAUAUGGGGGCUACUUUGAAGGUAACUGGAAUUUCAACUCUCAAAUAAUCAGCAAUAAUUUUGACGGCUUAUAAGUGUUAAUCUAAACAUAGCUACUUUUGCAUGAGCAGUUAUUUUGCAUGUAACUAUUGCGUUAAUAAAAGUGUUUCUUAUGAAGUAUCCUGCAUUUGAUGAUGACCUUCGCUUUUUUCAUUUUGUAGUACUGUCUUCUAUUUAGUAAAACGUAGUGGGCUUUAUCAAAUCAGCAUGGAGAGUAGGCAUUCUCUUUAUUGAAAGCUACAAUCUUCCUGCCUAAAAUUUUCAACAUAUUCUUUUAUUUAUAGAGUGGUCUUUGCAAAAUAAAAAGGUAAGAGUUGUACACAGAUCUGUAACACAAUGUCACUAUUGUCCCCACCACCUUCCUCUGUCACUCAAAACAGUGCAAAUGUUUGCAUCUGCAUAUUUGUGCUGAAGGGAUCUUACAGGCCCGGACUGCUCAGGUUACUUUUCAUGUAACAUAUGUGGUAUUAAUAGACACAUGACUUCCAUGACAUGUAGUCAGAUGUAGGUGAUAGGGUUCUAAAUUGGAAGUGUUAUAAGGGGUACACAUUGGCACUAUGCUGCCCUGCAACAGCGAUGUACUUUAUAGCUUUUAACUGUGUGUAAGUGCUUCUAUUUCUUACAUAUGAAGAAGAGUUCAAGUAGAUAUUUAAAUAUUUUAGUUUGCAAAAAUUCGUAUUCGAAUAAUGUGCACUAUUAUUUCAAAGCAUUGAAGGAGUUUCAUUCAUUGAAGAUGCAAUUGCGUUUUUAAAUUCACGCAGCGUAUAUGCAUCAAAUGAAUGGGAAUCAGGUUUUUUGAUGCUUUGCGACGUAAGAAUGAUGUUAGGUUGAAGUUUUCGAUCAGAAACGCAUGAGCACUUUUCUACUUUAGCAGAGGACUUAAAAACGACCCACAGUGCUGUUAUGGAAGGAGUGGUCGGUGAGGCAGUGGUUAGGUUUUAUGGAUUGAAAUAUUUCUCCCUUUUUCCUGCUUUUCCCUGAAUAUGUCUGUGCUCUUAUUUGGAGGAGACUCACUGAGACUUUGAUCCAUCUUUCUCUGUUGCCAACAGACGAGAACCUCACUCUCAAACAUGACCGAGCCUUCCUGUUGUCCAUGGCCAACCGUGGGAAAGACACCAACGGUUCACAGUUUUUCAUGUGAGCGACUGAAUGAUGAAAUCAGCGUUAAUGAAUAUACCGCUUUCCUGCAUUGUUUAUUUAGGUUUUCUGCUCCGUUCCUUUUUCCUGUUUUAAACCUUUAGAGAAGAAAUAGUCAUUGAGUGUGAACGUCACAAUCCACGCUCUAUGUUCUCUAUGUGCACUUAACAGAUUUUAAAAUGCAGAGAAACUUGGAUUCAUUCUUUUUUACCCACAAAUGUGUUACAUUUUUUCUCUUGCCGUUUUGUGUAACAUUUUUACAGAAUCUCUAGCAUCCUGCUCCUCCAAGGUAAUGUGUCUCCAAGGCUGUGUUUCUCUCUCCUGACUGUUUCUAUCAUUCUCUAGUUUGGAUAUGCAAAAAUUCUGCCUAGUCAAGUGUUUACUAUGGAUUGUUUGAACAAUAUUCACAAAUGCCUUCAAGUGACACAUGUUAAUUAACUCUCUAAACUUUGUUUACCACAAGAACAGGCUUUCACGUCCAGGUAGAAGUUUUCUUUGAGUGAAAAUGCAGAUAACAGAGAGGGAGAAAUGUAAACAGGCUGAAAAUCCAAACAUGUUUGAUCAAAACCAGCAACUGUCAUGUCUGGUUUUGGGUAUUUAAAAUUCAACAGCUGAAAUAAAACGUUUUUCUUGACCGAUUUGGGAUCAGAUCUCACAAAAAACAAAAAAAAAACAGUUUUCUUAUUUUAUAUUUUCUUAUUUUGAGAAUUCUCCCUCGCUACAGUAGUAUUCACAGUGCUUUGAAAGCGGCUCACUUGAUCUAACUCUUUUUCUCAUCUUUCUCUCUUUUUCAUGAACCCCUCCGUCGAUCAACCUUCCCUGGCUUCUUUACUGUUUUUUCCACAAACAGCACAACCAAGACGGCGCCUCAUCUUGAUGGGUAAACGUCUAUUUCACUUUAUUUUUUUUCAUUUGUCACUAAUUAGUCAUUUACUUCAAUUUAUGUGGCAAUAUCACCCAAGUAGUGAACUUAAAAGAGGGAACGUUCAUGAUAGUUUUGCUUUUCUGCCACAUAAAAAAACGAUGACUUCUGGAUCUUUACUUUUUGUACUUUUUACCACAAAAAUUUUGAAUUUUUGUGGUAAGAUGUUUAAAACAGGCGUGAUGUACAUUUUUGAUCAUUUCAACUCUGGAUAUCAAAAACAACAUAUUUUAAAAAAAUGAUAGGUUUUCAGUUGUCAAAUGUCUCUCCCCUUCAGAGUCCACGUCGUCUUUGGUGUUGUCAUUUCUGGCUUUGAAGUGAUCAAGAAGAUUGAGGGGCUGAAGACCGACUCAGCCAGCAGACCCUAUGCGGACGUGAGAGUGGUGGACUGUGGACAACUUUUCACCAAGUCUGCUAAUGAUGGUAUGCAAAGUGACAGAUCUGCCUGUUGAAUUUGUUGUUGCUUUUGUCCUCAGAUCUGAUCGAAAGGUCAAAGCGCUCAACCCUACCCUGAAUAAUUGGGUCAGAAAUACCAGAUAUUCUUACUGAAGAUCAUUUAACCCACGUUUAUUCAUUUACAAGAAAGCUAGGCAUUGUGUUUUUGGAUUUGUCAGGGUUCAGUUGUUUUUUCAGAGCCAUAGAGUUCAAUAGUAAGUCUUGUACAUCACUACUCUUUUACUUCCGUUGUAUUAAAACCUCUUCAGUCUGACUGUUUAUCAAGGAUAUAUUGCCAUCAGUCCAAGCAUUAAGACUUAAAUAUUUGGUGUGCACCUUUUGUAAGUGGUUUAUUGCAGCCUCUCUUUUCGAUACUGAUCUCUGAGUGCAGUAAAGUGCGUUGCCUGUGAUUGUAAAUGCGCUGUAUGUGCUCAUUCUCUGAGAGGUUGGCAUUUAGAUGCCAGCACGCCCCCCUCCCCCCCUCCCCACUGGCAUUCAUGCGGGGCGUGUAACCUGAUCUUCUGUUUAAUGAGGAUCAGCGAGGUGAUCUCUCUGGAGCUUGGUUGGCAUCUGCCCACCUGACUCUGCCCGGCUGCUUUCACCGCCUUCACCGCAGUGACAGGAACCACAUAAAGCCAGCAUUGAUUUAACGUCACACUUCCCUGAAAAUACCUCUUUGUUUUUGACUGCAUAAAAAAAAAUUGUGGUUGUAUUUUCGGAGAGGAGCAUAUUUUAAUGCGAAUGACAAACAUGUUGUUGUGUCGCUUGUUUCAGUACUUCAAGGCAAGAGGAAACGAUCCUCCUAUUCUGCUGACUUGUCACAACACUCCCAUGGCUCGUCCUCUCAGCUUUCCACAGAGUCUGAGAGUGAGUUUGAUAGAAAGCACAAAUGUCACAAGCACAAGAAACAUACAAGUAAACGGUUGAAGAAGAAAAUGAUGAAAAGGCGGGAACUGAAGAAUGAUACUGAGGAUGAGGUGCAGCCCAAGCAAAGGUAAUUUCAGUUCAUGUUUUAUUUAUUCAGAUAAUUCCUCGUGUGUCUUGGAUGUGUGAGAUCUGUGCCUUUAAGACACACUGACAUGAGUCCCUUUGAGAGCGAAGGGUUAUCUUCUUUGCAUAACAAAAUAUAACUUUGCAUGUGUGUCAUGAAGCUCUCGCAGCCCUGUCGACAGAGGGAAUCUGGAUAGAGAGAAUGAAGUGGACGGAGAGAAGGAGCAAAGCGGGAAGAGAGAGAAACCCGUCGUCCGGCCUGAGGAAAUCCCACCUGUGCCGGAGAAUCGAUUCCUGCUACGGCGGGACAUGCCAUCCCAGGAGGAUAAAACGCCAAUGUCAGUCAUGUCACUUUUAUAGUUGACACAUUAAAAAGCUAACACCUCCGAUUAUUACAGUAGAUGUUCACGUUAACUUUUCUCUCACUAGAGUUGAGAAAGAAGAAAUGACUGUAUCAGCUGAGCAGAAACCAGCCAUCUCCAAGUCAGGGCGGAAGAUCAAAGGCAGAGGGACGAUGGUGAGCUUCACGAAGAUCAGACGUUUAAGCUUCUGUCUUUUUAUAGUAGUUUACUUUGGAUUGAAUCUGUUUGACUUUUUUCUUUUUUUAUAUAAUUAUUUCUUUAUUAGAGAGAAACAACAUCAUCAGAAACGAUUAUUCGAAUGUUUCGCACUUUGUGUGAUCAGCUUCAUGUCACCCCCCCCCCCCCAUUUUUUUUUUUUUUUUUGGUAGAUUGCGUUCAAAAAUAAAUAAAUAAGAAAUAAAUUGAAAAAAAAAAAAAAAAGAAACCACCAAACGAAAAUUUUUACAAAUGUGCUGAGGGUAACAAGAAAAAAAUAAAAAAGAGAAACUCAGAUUUUCUGUAAAAACACUCUACAUUAGAGUGGGGGAGCCAGCUGGAUCAUACAAAAUCAGCACUUUUUUCAGGAUCAUUAAAUGGACAUAACAAUUUCUGACCUGACCAGAACUCUGCUACAGAUGCUAACACUGUAGUUUUUAACAAAGCAGAGACGAUCAUUUCUCAGCCUUCACUUUCAAACUUUUCUUCUGUGUUUGUAGAUUUCCUGUUUAACUGUUUCUAGAUGAUUUUACUCUCCAGGAAUCGUGGAAACUUGUUUGUCGUAACUCUGCAUCACACACAGAAGACACAGAUUGCAUCGUUAGCCCUUUUGCUCUACUAGCCAAUAGGAUUUCAUACAGCUUAAAUUUAACACCCCAAGUAUAAGUGGCGUAUAAUCUGGUUUCAUUGGCAGGUGCUGAAAAUCUGGUUCUAUAUUUUGAAAGAGCAGGAGCAAGAACUAAAAUAAGUCAACAAGUGGACAAGUAAGAAAGGGAUAAAACUUGAUAAAGUAGGACAGAAAUAGACCAUUUAUGUAAAGAGAGAUUGUCAAAAAAAGUGGGAAAAAAAAAACCUUUUUCUCUUCAUUGUUCAACCUUGUUUGUAAUUUGAUUUUGUUUUAACUUUUCUUCCAGAGAUAUCACACACCAACAAGGUCCAAAUCUCGCUCUGCGUCUGUGGAGGAGCGUGGCAGCAGUGAGACUCCACCUCACUGGAAAGAGGAGAUGAAGAGAACCAAAGUUUAUCAGCCGCCGAGCAUCGAGAGAUGGAGCAAAGGAGACAAGUAUGACUGAAUCUUUUACUUUGACAGAAUCCGUGUUUUUCACCUCAUGCCUAAUCCGACUGAACACGCAAAACAACUGUUUCCUCGUGCAGAUGGGACGACAGAAGCGAAUCUGUGUGGUCCCGCUCUGCAGAACAGUCCUCAGACCGCAGCUCAGAGAGGUCCAGCCUACAUCGCAAACCAAAGAAGGAGAAGAAGAAAGCCAAACACAAGAAGAAAGGCAAAAAAAAGAAACACAGCAAGAAGAAGAGCUCCAAGAACAAACCUGAGGAGGUUUACCUGUCAGAGGGAGAGAGGUCUGCAUCUUCAGAGAGGAAGUCCAGGAGAUCCCGCUCUCCAUCCCGCUCCUCUUCUGAUCAGCGUAAUUUAUCACCACGGAAGCGACGGCAGUCCUCACUGUCCCUUAGAGACUCCCUGUCCUACUCAAGAUCCUACACAUCCAGUCGGUCCAGAUCAAGAGGGAGAUCCAGGUCUUAUUCACGAUCCAGAAGCCUGUCUCGAUCUAGGAGCCGUUCUCUGUCUACAUCCAGAUCUCAUUCCUAUUCCAGAUCAAUGUCAAGGUCUAGAUCAUUUUCAGUUCAUGUUUUAUUUAUUCAGAUAAUUCCUCGUGUGUCUUGGAUGUGUGAGAUCUGUGCCUUUAAGACACACUGACAUGAGUCCCUUUGAGAGCGAAGGGUUAUCUUCUUUGCAUAACAAAAUAUUACUUUGCAUGUGUGUCAUGAAGCUCUCGCAGCCCUGUCGACAGAGGGAAUCUGGAUAGAGAGAAUGAAGUGGACGGAGAGAAGGAGCAAAGCGGGAAGAGAGAGAAACCCGUCGUCCGGCCUGAGGAAAUCCCACCUGUGCCGGAGAAUCGAUUCCUGCUACGGCGGGACAUGCCAUCCCAGGAGGAUAAAACGCCAAUGUCAGUCAUGUCACUUUUAUAGUUGACACAUUAAAAAGCUAACACCUCCGAUUAUUACAGUAGAUGUUCACGUUAACUUUUCUCUCACUAGAGUUGAGAAAGAAGAAAUGACUGUAUCAGCUGAGCAGAAACCAGCCAUCUCCAAGUCAGGGCGGAAGAUCAAAGGCAGAGGGACGAUGGUGAGCUUCACGAAGAUCAGACGUUUAAGCUUCUGUCUUUUUAUAGUAGUUUACUUUGGAUUGAAUCUGUUUGACUUUUUUCUUUUUUUAUAUAAUUAUUUCUUUAUUAGAGAGAAACAACAUCAUCAGAAACGAUUAUUCGAAUGUUUCGCACUUUGUGUGAUCAGCUUCAUGUCACCCCCCCCCCCCAUUUUUUUUUUUUUGGUAGAUUGCGUUCAAAAAUAAAUAAAUAAGAAAUAAAUUGAAAAAAAAAAAAAGAAACCACCAAACGAAAAUUUUUACAAAUGUGCUGAGGGUAACAAGAAAAAAAAAAAAGAGAAACUCAGAUUUUCUGUAAAAACACUCUACAUUAGAGUGGGGGAGCCAGCUGGAUCUUUCAAAAUCAGCACUUUUUUCAGGAUCAUUAAAUGGACAUAACAAUUUCUGACCUGACCAGAACUCUGCUACAGAUGCUAACACUGUAGUUUUUAACAAAGCAGAGACGAUCAUUUCUCAGCCUUCACUUUCAAACUUUUCUUCUGUGUUUGUAGAUUUCCUGUUUAACUGUUUCUAGAUGAUUUUACUCUCCAGGAAUCGUGGAAACUUGUUUGUCGUAACUCUGCAUCACACACAGAAGACACAGAUUGCAUCGUUAGCCCUUUUGCUCUACUAGCCAAUAGGAUUUCAUACAGCUUAAAUUUAACACCCCAAGUAUAAGUGGCGUAUAAUCUGGUUUCAUUGGCAGGUGCUGAAAAUCUGGUUCUAUAUUUUGAAAGAGCAGGAGCAAGAACUAAAAUAAGUCAACAAGUGGACAAGUAAGAAAGGGAUAAAACUUGAUAAAGUAGGACAGAAAUAGACCAUUUAUGUAAAGAGAGAUUGUCAAAAAAAGUGGGAAAAAAAAAACCUUUUUCUCUUCAUUGUUCAACCUUGUUUGUAAUUUGAUUUUGUUUUAACUUUUCUUCCAGAGAUAUCACACACCAACAAGGUCCAAAUCUCGCUCUGCGUCUGUGGAGGAGCGUGGCAGCAGUGAGACUCCACCUCACUGGAAAGAGGAGAUGAAGAGAACCAAAGUUUAUCAGCCGCCGAGCAUCGAGAGAUGGAGCAAAGGAGACAAGUAUGACUGAAUCUUUUACUUUGACAGAAUCCGUGUUUUUCACCUCAUGCCUAAUCCGACUGAACACGCAAAACAACUGUUUCCUCGUGCAGAUGGGACGACAGAAGCGAAUCUGUGUGGUCCCGCUCUGCAGAACAGUCCUCAGACCGCAGCUCAGAGAGGUCCAGCCUACAUCGCAAACCAAAGAAGGAGAAGAAGAAAAGCAAACACAAGAAGAAAGGCAAAAAAAAGAAACACAGCAAGAAGAAGAGCUCCAAGAACAAACCUGAGGAGGUUUACCUGUCAGAGGGAGAGAGGUCUGCAUCUUCAGAGAGGAAGUCCAGGAGAUCCCGCUCUCCAUCCCGCUCCUCUUCUGAUCAGCGUAAUUUAUCACCACGGAAGCGACGGCAGUCCUCACUGUCCCUUAGAGACUCCCUGUCCUACUCAAGAUCCUACACAUCCAGUCGGUCCAGAUCAAGAGGGAGAUCCAGGUCUUAUUCACGAUCCAGAAGCCUGUCUCGAUCUAGGAGCCGUUCUCUGUCUACAUCCAGAUCUCAUUCCUAUUCCAGAUCAAUGUCAAGGUCUAGAUCAAGGCACCGAUCAAGAUCCCCGUCCCGAAAGAGGAGUCCAUCCAGAUCUCCAAGAAGAAAGAGAGCAAGCAACCUUAGGGCCAACACCAUGAUCCACGCAGCUGAGAAGCUCCCAGAUGGAAAAACCGCAGCUGUCCCCAGACUGCCCGCUGUCUCCGCUCCUGAAAGCGUCCCGGUGAUCCCGCUAAGCGACAGCCCUCCGCCCUCUCGCUGGAAACCUGGUCAGAAACCCUGGAAGCCAUCUUAUUUCCACAUCCAGGAAAUUAAAGCUAAAGUAGCUCCCUCUAACAUUUCCUCCACUCGAGAGGAGGCUGACAGCGCCGAGGAGAAAGCUCACACUGCGACACCGAAGCGUCUGCUCGGUGAGUCUGAAAGCGACAAAACACACAAACCUGCAGGACUCUCGCGAAGCAGAUCAUCCAGAAGUAAAUCCUACAGCCGCUCCAGGAGUAGAAGUUACAGCAGGUCCAGAUCCAGGUCCAGGUCAUCAUCCUACAGCAGAUCAGGCUCCGAAAACUCCCACAAAACUGGCCGACACAAGAAGAAUUCACUCGACAAAGAGUGGAGAGAAUACUACAACUCUCUGAAGAGGAUAAAAAAUUUAGAUAAGUACAUCUCACUCACCAGUAGUCAGGAUGUUCACUCAGGGUCAGAGAACAAGGCAGAAUGUGAGAAGAGCCCUGAUAUCAGGAGGAGUGUCUCUGUGGAGAAAACAAAAGAGAAAGGCAGCUCUCGGGACAGAGAGAUGAAACUUUACAGCUCAGCGCCGGCGGAGAGCAGGUCAGGGUGGGACAGUGACAGCGAUAAAGUGAGCCAAAGCAACAGCGCUGUCCUGUCAAAAAAGCAGAAACAUGAAGCUCAGUCGGGCGAAUUCCUCGAGAAGAAGCUGUCUGCUCUCACGGGGUGGAACUCAGAAAGUGAUACUGAAAAUAUCACCGCCAGGCCUGCAGCCAUGUCUGAAAAAGAGGAAGGAGAGGCGAGUUCUGAAUCGGAGAACGAGCCCUCUAAGAAGACAUCGGAGGCGGUGAGAGAGGCCACAACUUCAGAGGGAAGUCCUGAGAAGGAGCCGGAGAGGCACAAGAGCAAGAAGAAAGCCAAGCGUAAGCACAAGCACAAGAAAAGGAGUGAGAACAAAAGCGGCUCACAUCACAAAGACAAAGGGAAGAGGUCCAAGAGGAAAUAUCAGAGGCUCAAAGAGACUUUCCACUGGCAGCCGCCUUUAGAGUUUGGAGAGGAGGAGGACGAAGAUGAAUUGAAAAGGGAGAGACGCAGUCCGAGCGGAGCAAAAGUAAGAGCCGGUGUGGAGAGUAGGAAUGAAAACCAAAAUCUAAGCUCAUUAAAUAAGAAUCCUGUCAGAGAGGAAGAAGAAAAAGGGCAGCAAAGAGCGAAAGAAAGUAUCAGCAGGAAUCCAAAACACACUGAAACUCACCCUCAGUCGAGCAGGAAUGGUGCGAAUUUACCCAGCAUCAAAGAGCAAGAGUGGUUAGAGGAUAUGGACAUUUGUACCCCAGAACACGCGGUUGAGAUUGAAGAACCUUCUCUUAAAGACGAUCAUUAUAACAAAGCUGAAUUAACCUUAAAACCUACCUCAAAGUUUGUGGAAGGGGCUUUACCUCAUAGCAAAGAUCAGCCCUCGGUAAACACAACACCUGGUGGACUGCAGGAUGAAGAAACGCCCCCUAAGACUGUGAUCAACUUUAAAUGGCGGCCCCUGAAGGGAAUGUCAGCUCUGCAGAACAUAAACGUACAGCCUGUUACCGCUAAAACCAACCAGCUUCAAGAGAACGCCAAAGCCGAGGGAGUGAGGAUGGAGAUCAAAAGCAAAAGCCGGGUCCGACCGGGGUCUCUUUUUGACGAGGUUCGGAAGACGGCACGACUCAACCAGCGUCCGAGGAACCAGGAGAGCUCGAGCGAGGAGAGGUCCCCCUCUGCGGGGAAGACAAGGGGGGACGCCCGCACCAGAUCCCCGAAGACGAAGAAGAAAUCCAGAUCCCCGUCCAGAAAGUCCCGCUCUGUGUCCAGCCACCGGUCCCACUCCAGAGGCUGGUCCCACUCCUACAGCCGGUCAAGGAGUCGAUCCCGCAGCUCCAGCUACACAUCCAGGUGAGAGGCGAAGGCAGUCCAGUCUUCUUUGUAAAGACUGUUUGUCCUUGCUUUUCGACAGAGUGAUUUAUAACCCAGUGUUGUGUUUCAGGAGCCGCAGCAGGAGUCGGAGGAGACACAGGAGGGGGCGCUCUCGUAGCAGCACGUAUCGAAGUUACAGGAGUCACAGGUAUACCCAAAAAUACUGAUUUAGUAUCCACAAAUGGAUCCCAGAGGAAGUAUUUUAGACAGAGGAGUAACUUUUAGCUAUUCAUGGUUUCAAAACUGUUUCUUUGUUUCAGAUUCAGCCCGUCGUUUAUUCUGUUGUUUUUCAUCACUCAGUCCUGUGUGUUUGUUUUACAGUCGGACCUACAGUAGAAGUCAUUCCAGAAGUCGUUCUUAUAAUCGCCGCCGGAGAUCCAGGUAUGACAUUCAAAUAAUGUUUACAUGAUGAAUCUAAAGGGUCACUGAGUGCUCAGAUACAAACACCAAUAUGCAACUUAACGUCAGCAGGAUCUUAUCAUGGCUGAAAGACAGUUUCUUUAUAGAAUGAGACGCAUGCUGCUGUAAUAUAAGCUGAAAGUUUUGAAGGAUGAUUGUAUAGCUGCGUUUUGCAGAUGAAACAAAGUCAUCCAUCAGAGUUUUGUGUUGUUAAAAUGGGUUUCUGUGGAAAGACAUAACUAAAAAGCAGCAAAUAUUGAGGGUUUUUUUGGCAACUUGUUUCUUUCCUUUGACUUAUUUGUGUGUUUUUGUUCCAAGAAAAUAUUGAAUAAACUGGUAAAAACAGUAUACAACAAUAGAUUUCACAUCCUUCACUAUUGUGCUUUUUUUUGUAGAAUAAGCACAAGUAAAAAAAUAUAUCAUGUAAAAUAUUCUCUUUUUAUCACCUGGCUGGUUUUUUUUAUACAGGUCAGAUUCCUACGAUAGUUAUUCCAGUCGCAGCGUGAGCAGGAGACGAGGCCGCAGACGAAGCGACAGCUACAGGAGUUCAGACCGUCGAUCCCGGUAACUCUCUCUUUUCCCCUCUGAACCCUCACUGGUCUUGGAUCAGCUUCUCCUUCUUGGCCUCACACGACCUGUGGCUUAACUACAGUCUAGACUACAGUUGGACAACAAUUCCCUGUAAUUCAAGGCAAUAAAAAAAAAAAACAGAAAACGUUUGUUUCAGUGCACUUCUGUGUGUUUUUGCAGGUCAUACCGCUCCUCCAGUCGCAGCUCUUCCAGGCGCAGAAGUCACAGUCGCAGUAGUCGUUACAGCUGAAGAGGGAACAAAACCAUGCUGUCUGAAUGCAGAGAAACACACAACAGUUUCUACUGCUAACAUGACAGACCAGCGACUAAAACCUGUAAAGGAGCAGUCUGCUUUAAUGUUUGAUUCUGUUCUUAUUUUCCUGGUUAAAUAAACUGACGUGACAACGAACAGGACACAAAACAAACAACAACUUCUGACACCUAAAGGUAUCAAAAUAAAACUAUGUCUAUGUGACAUAUAAGCUGUAGAUAUUUUAAAAGUGUAUAUUUGUGUAACCCUUUUCUACUUUUGUUUUGUACACUGAAAAAAGAAAAACUAUACAUACAGUAAUCUUUCAGUUCUGAGGGUUUAGGCUGCUGAAUUGGUUUGUUUUUAAUUUCACCGUACAGUCCGGGUCAGCAGGAGAGGAUUCUGUUAGCCGCAGUUCAAGCUGUUAGUCUGUGGCGCCUUUUGUUUGACUGCUGCACCAUGAAUGUAACAAGUGUUGAAACUGUACUCAAAGUAUAGUGUAUCCGGUUUUGAUUUUACUAAAACAGUUAUGAAUGUUUACAUGUAAUAAAUACCAACACUAAGAAAGCUUG